AUGCGGUUACUUUGUCAGUCACAUUCUCGAUUUUGGAAUCAUGUAUGCAUAGUUACAGAUCUCUACAGUAUUCUCUUGUAUUAUUAAACCUAUACAUACUCUUGUAUUAAAGUACAGCUAAUUAAGUGUAUAUUUGAAUUGAAUUUUCAUUGGUUUGCUUUUAGGUGAUCUUCAAUAAAUCCAUAAAUAUAUGUCUUGAUUCGUUCUUGAAAUCAUCACCAAGGUUUGUGAAACAUCGUCAAUAGGUUGGUUCCAGUAAGGGUAAUAUGGGAGCAGAGAGCGGCCAAAAUUCAGAGGUCGUCUGGAACAUGUACAUACAGGAGAAAGUAACCCUUAUUUCUCUUAGUUACUUGCCAUCAAUUACAAGACUACAACAUAUAACGAAAAUAAUUAUUGUAAAACAUCACUUUCUGAUCUCACUUGAUAAUUGUUGGUUGCCAACACCAUUUACUGCACGAUGGUGCACACUUAGUGAAACCUAACUAUAGUGUGCAAUCGUCGCCGUAUUUCUUACGUAACAUCUUAGUUCUUUAAACUUUUUGCCUAACUUUUUCGGAAAUUAUUUGGGGGGGGGCGUUGUCCCCGCCCCCCAGUGUCCGCUACAGCCUCUACUCAUUAAUUUAAUCUUAUAUGAACGUUUUAUUUCCUGUAGGUCAUACGACGUAUGGAAAUUUCUUCCAGAUAAGAUCUUGAAUCUUCAAAAAGAAAUUCAUCGCAAUAUUUUCAUGGUCUACUUGAGAAUAGCAACUCAUAAAGAAUCAAAGGUUUCUAUAAGUUUUUUGUUGUGAGUGCUCACUACUUACAUCAAGGACAUCAAUCUAGAGGGGUGGGGCUGGUCCCACUCCUCACUUGUUGGAGCUCCAUUCCUCCAAUUUUGGAAUGGUGGGUGCCCUUGGAAAACCUUCGAUGAGAUGAAAUACUGGAUUGUUGAUCAGCUAGGGUUAAUUUUAGAAAUAUAUUAUCUUUAAUCGUUAAGAAUAACUUCAUGCACUGUACUAUAAUUCCGUACCAUACGGUAGGUACUUAAAAAUUCAUGUCACUGACAUAUUAGAUGACUAUCGUUUCAAAUGAAAUUGGACUUACAAUUGCUUAAACGAACAAGAAUACCGACAUAUUGUAAACUAGAGCAUGAUUUUUUCUUAUAUUUAGAAAGACUUCUUUACACCAGAGACAUUUGGUGAAAUAUUGUACGAAAAUUUCUUGUUUGAUAUUCCUAAAAUAAUGGAUCUGUGUUCGCUGUAUGGUGGCGAAAACUGCAAGAAUAAUAGUCUUUUAACUAAAAUGCUGGAAAACGUUUUUAAAAGGCAGCCAAAGUGAGUAUAUUUUGAUAUUUUGUUGUUCGUUGUUAUUCAACUUUCACAUAAUAGAUAUUGUUAAUGCCCACUGGUCCAAUCAGGCAGAGACAUCAGACAACUUAUAAUUGGUGUUUCAAACAAAGCUAGUUAUACGUGAUAGCUGAAGUUUAAAAGAGUGUGUCUUAUUAACGGGAUCUACCUGUACCUACUCCUAUAAUACAGCCACAGCCUUUAGUAUUGCAAGGUGCUUUACUUAAACACAGUGGCUCCAUGCAUUAAGUUUUAAACAUUAUGUGUUAAGUUGGUCUGUUCUUGCAGAUAUAUUGAUGAUUUGCGUGAAACAAUUCCAAGCAUUUGUGAGACACUUGAUAAAAUUAAAGAUGAGCUUGGAGUUUCUCGUGAAGACAGCAAUCCUGUGAAGGUUGGAGAAGAUCGACACAGUGAACUUCCACUAGCUAUCUUAAAUGAUUUUAUUGUAUAUCUUCACGACAUUACACAGACAUUGAUAUCAUUCCUGCACAUAUUGCCAUUCGUAUGCCAAUAUUUCUUUAAAGAUGGGUUUGUUCAGCGAAUUGCAGGUUUUUAUGAAGAAAUGAUGACAGUAUUUGACCAGCGAUAUCGUAGGAUGAAGACAGAAAGAACUUUUCUUAAUAGAGUAAAAUUUGGCCUAAUAAAGAUAUGUCGAUUUAUUAUUGAUGCUCAUUGCUUGGUUCCAUUGAUGAAUGG